GAAAUAUACUCACUGUACCAGUCACGUGGUCACACAAAGUUCCGGCUACAGAAUAUUCCACAACCUGAUCGUUGUCUACAAGUAGCAAGAGUGUCUUCAAAAAGUAUAAUGUGAACUAUACUCACUGUACCAGUCACGUGGUCACACAGAGUUCCGGCUACAGAAUAUUCCAUAACCUGAUCGUUGUCUACAAGUAGCAAGAGUGUCUUCAAAAAGUAUAAUGUGAAAUAUACUCACUGUACCAGUCACGUGGUCACACAAAGUUCCGGCUACAGAAUAUUCCACAACCUGAUCGUUGUCUACAAGUAGGAAGUGUGUCUUCAACAACUUAAAUGUGAACUAUACUCACUGUACCAGUCACGUGGUCACACAGAGUUCCGGCUACAGAACAUUCCACAACCUGAUCGUUGUCUACAAGUAGCAAGAGUGUCUUCAAAAAGUAUAAUGUGAACUAUACUCACUGUACCAGUCACGUGGUCACACAGAGUUCCGGCUACAGAAUAUUCCACAACCUGAUUGUUAUCUACAAGUAACAAGAGUGUCUUCAACAAGUUAAAUGUGAACUAUACUCACUGUACCUGUCACGUGGUCACACAGAGUUCCGGCUACAGAAUAUUCCACAACCUGAUUGUUAUCUACAAGUAGCAAGUGUGUCUUCAAAAAGUAUAAUGUGGGUGUGACACAGACUAUACAGCAAACCAACCAAUCAGGUGGCACCUCUAUUGUCGGGUGUAAGAUGUCAGCCCGAAAAACUCUGACAUAAAUUCGGGUACACCUGACUGCAGGUAUUAUAUGGAUUAUUGGCGGCCGGACAUUUAAGUAUGCCAACAUCAAGGACACACUGUUCGUUUAUCUGUAAUGUACAGACAAAAGAGUUCUAGUUUCAUCUCUAGAAUCAGGUGUCAAGGGAAGUAACCAGCAUUGAUAGCUUCCGAGAAUAAGGGCGUGGACUACAGAUUCAAUCAAACGACACCAGGAAUAAUUCAAAGUAGAUCCACCAUCACACCCACUGUAAAGAAAUUCCUGGACUGGAUCCACCUCAACCACUCCGUAAAUUCCUGGAUCCACCACAUCUUCUUCUUUCACUAGGCCAAACCAUGGGACCAAAACGACUUGGGGUCGAAACUAUAGGAUGCCGAAACGACAAGCAUCACUGUGACGUAUAUCGAACAGACGAUAGAUCAGAGGCAGCAAAAUGAAGGAUAGUUUUACCCAUUUAGAUCGAUAAUGGUUCCCCGUGUAAGAAAUGAAAGUACAGGUGUGUUCAAAUGCUGUUUAUAUUGUACAAUGGGGUCUACCUGUGGAAUUAUUUAUGCCAGCGAACACGGAACGGAAAGUCUCGAAUUUUCUCCAAACCAACUUUGUACAAAUGACUACGGGUAAGUUUUUAUUUGUGUUUUACAUAGAUACAGUGGAUGAAAGGAAAAAAAGACAAAUAUGGUCAUCAGGCUACAUAAUUCCUGUUAUCUUUGGGCCAGUGUUAUGGUAUUAAAUCAUUCUUGAAGUAAAUUAAUGUGUACUGGUGUCAGAUAAAAUUUUUGUUAGGGGCCCCUAAAAUUGUAAAAACGUUGGGGAGUUGUUUUAUGUCAACAAACAACAUGUACCGAUACAUGUAGAUCUCAGUGAUUUCAGAGUGACCAAUCAUCAGACAGAACCACUCUGCCCUGGACCCACUGGUGACCUUGGGUGACCCCCAGACCCCUUGAUGUAAAAUUGGCCCCACUGAUGUUUAAAAGAUAAAUAAAUGAAAAAAAGGAUUCUUCUUUUGAAAAUUUUGUUCACCGGCCAAUGUGAUUUUAGAUCUCAUUAAUCUAAAAUAUUAGUACAAUUCAAUCUUUAAGUUGACAGACUAAACGUUUAUGAAAAUACAUGAAUCAAUGUUGGCUUUCAUUUAUAUAUACGUAGACAGUUUGAAAAAAAUAUGUGAAUUAUUGUAAACUGGUGGGCUGUAUUGCGCAAGGUUGAAUUUCUGAAUAGAUACAUGUAAAUUAAUGUUUCCAUUAAAGCAUUUACGUAGGAUAUUAAACCUCUAUGUGCAUGUUAUAUUUAGGUUGAACUUGAGGACAACAUCAAUAUAAAUGUUUAUGUAAAUACAUUCAUGAAUCAAUAUUGACCUUUAUUACUUACAUGUACAUGUAUCUAAGCUGGAAGUUAAUAUGAUAUUGUCACUGAAAUAUUUAUUUAGAAUAUACCAGUUUGUAAUAUUUUGUGGUCUCUUUACAGGUUCCUGGUGUAAUGGGAUGCAGUAAACUACCAUAAUUGACUAAAGAAAGAAUAUAUGUGUGUGACAUGAAACUUAUAGGAGUGUCAGGGAAUCAGAGACGACCGGGAAUCAGAGACUUCACUGUAUUAACUCAUCUUCACUGUAUUGGCUUGUCUUCAACAUGGGGUUUUUAUGUGGUUCCUUGUGUAUCAAUAAAGAGUGGACUGAUGGAGCAAAGAAAGAGUUUAUGUGGUUGUGAUUCAAAGAUAUAGACAUGGACACAGCAAGCUCCACAUAUAGAGCACAUAAGUGUUCUAAGUGUCCGGGGGACACAGAGUACCAUUGUGUAUCGUGUCCAUGUGAUCUGUGUCCCCAGUGUAAAGAGAAACAUGUAAAAGAUCUCCAAACAAUAGACCAUGAUGUUGUGUCACACCGUGAUAAAAUCAACUACAUCCCAACACAAGAGAUCUGUGUGAGACAUCCUAGCCAUGUUUAUACAAAGUACUGUGAACCUUGUGAACUCCCCGUCUGUUUCCACUGCAGAAAACAUAGAACUCAUAGACUACUUGAUGUUAGAACAGUCUAUAAAACAAAGCGACAACAACACAGAGGAACCAUUCACACCAUCAGAAGUGAGGCUCUCUUUUACAGACCUGUUCUCCUGCCACGAAUCAAAACUGAUUUCAAAACCUGUCACACAGAAUUCUCCCGCUAUCAAUCAGAGAUGUUAACAAAGGCCCAGACACUGAAGAAUCUCAUAAACAUAGUGAGAAAAGAUUUCAUGAAAAAUGUGUUUUGUGACUUUGAUUUCAAACACCGAUGUUUAAAACAGAUGAUAGAAAUGAGCAGACAUAUUGUCAGCCUUCAGGAAUAUGAACUCAGAUAUGUACAGCCAGAAUUCACAUUCAGUGCACUACAAUUCCUCUCCUUCAUAAAGACAGCCCUCCCCCAGAUUAAUCUUACACUCCACACCAGCCAGCUCUCCAUGACUGAGUCACUCAACAAGGAGGAUGUGAUGGAGUCACUGAGUGCAAUCCAAAUCACAGAGAGAGGAAACCGACGCGUAGGAAACCAGUGUCUGCUGAAACUGACGUCUGGUGCUGAGUUCCAUCAAUCUCUCACACUGACAGGUGUUGGUCGUUGUUUACACAUUUCCUGUGUGACAUCAGACCGGUGUCAUAUAAUAUUUUGAUACCGCGAAAUAUUGAACCCGGGUUCAAUAUAUUAUGCGAUAUUAUGAACCCGGGUUCAAAAUAUCGCUGCGAUAUAUUGAACCCCCCCAUAAAAUAUUGAACCCCGGGUUCAAAAUAUUAUGGCCGCGAUAUUUUGAAACCCUCUCGAAUUUUCAUUGCUCUUGGAGAAGGGGUUCAAAAUAUUAUGGCCGCGAUAUAUUGAACCCCCUUCCUUUUUCCAAUUUCCUUUGGAGAGGGGGUUCAAAAUAUUAUGGCUGCUAUAUAUUGAAACCCCCCUCCUUUUUUUAUUGCUAUUGGAGAGGGGGUUCAAAAUAUUAUGGCUGCGAUAUAUUGAACCCCCUACCUAUUUCCAAUUCCUAUUGGAGAGGGGGUUCAAAAUAUUAUGGCUGCGAUAUAUUGAACCCCCUACUGUUUCCAAUUUCCUUUGGAGAGGGGGUUCAAAAUAUUAUGGCUGCGAUAUAUUGAACCCCCUACCUUUUUCCAAUUCCCAUUGGAGAGGGGGUUCAAAAUAUUAUGGCUGCGAUAUAUUGAACCCCCCUCCUUUUUUUAUUGCUAUUGGAGAAGGGGGUUCAAAAUAUUAUGGCUGCGAUAUAUUGAACCCCCUACCUAUUUCCAAUUCCCAUUGGAGAGGGGGUUCAAAAUAUUAUGGCUGCGAUAUAUUGAACCCCCCUCCUUUUUUCCAAUUCCCAUUGGAGAGGGGGUUCAAAAUAUUAUGGCUGCGAUAUAUUGAACCCCCUACCUAUUUCCAAUUCCCAUUGGAGAGGGGGUUCAAAAUAUUAUGGCUGCGAUAUAUUGAACCCCCCUCCUUUUUUUAUUGCUAUUAGAGAGGGGGUUCAAAAUAUUAUGGCUGCGAUAUAUUGAACCCCCUACCUAUU